AUGCCACAGCCUGCGGAACCCUCCUCAGAGGUGACAAGUGCGACACCUGGCAGGUCUCAGGCGGUGGAGGAUACCCUGGCUCAGGCAAGAGCAAAUGCGUUGAAGAGAUUGGAAGCGCGAAGAAAGGGACAGUCUGGAGAUGCGGCUCAACUCAGUGAUACUCCAGCUAGUUCAUCGAUCGCGACCCCUGCUACGCCUCAGACGUCGAGCAGACCUUCGCCGUUUGGAUCUCUCUUUACUCCACCAGCAGAUGCGGAGACGCCUACGAAGCCCAGCACUGCUGCCUUUAGUCCAGCGUCAAUCUCACGAGCUUCGCAGCUGCCCAUUGGCUCCCCGGCUAAAUCACGAUACGUCCCCUCUGGUCUCUCAGCUUCCUCAACGCCGCCAGCCUCCUCCUCCCUCUCCUCGAAAGACAAGUAUGGAUCGAUAAGCUCUAGUGAUCGACGUCGGCUAGGUCGACAUUUACCUAGGAUCGCCUCUGGCGAAGGCGGACCGGAGACGCUGGAGCCAGUCAAGGUUGUUCGCCGACAACCAUCAAACCUCGGGAGAGAUUCCAUCAUCCUUCCUUCCUCCCUUGGCGACACCUCUGCAUCGCCACCACCGAACAAAGCUGGCGACGUCUUGCAACCCUCGACUCUCGAUAAUGUCCCUUCGACACCACAAGGCACAAUUCACACGCCGAGCACGAAGCGCCGCUCAUAUCUGCCGAACACCAUCACCCCUACCUCAAAGACUCUUAAGCCUCGAGCGGAAGUGGCGGGCGACGAGAUGAAGGGUCUAAUGAACGCGGUCGGGAGCUUGCCAGCGAAGGGCACAGAUGAUGGCGAGGCAGUCACGGGCAUGUCCAAUCGAUUACGUCUCUCACGAGCCGCCUUACCACCAUCUGCGUCCUCCACUACACUGGCCCCUGCGCCUUUACCUUCACGUCGGCUGAUGCAAAGCAAUUGGAUGGACAAGCAGCGUCAUACCCUCGCGUCGUAUGAAUAUCUCUGUCAUAUUGGAGAGGCUCAACAGUGGAUCGAGGGAUGUCUGGGCGAAGAGACUGGGUUCGGUGUUACUGAGAUGGACGAAGGGUUGAGAGACGGCGUGGUUCUGGCCAAGCUUGCACGGGUCUUUCAAGGCGAACAGGUGGUCAAGAAAAUUUGGACAGACAGCAAGCAUCGAUACAAGCAGGUCGAUAAUAUUGACCAUUUCAUGAAGUUCAUUCGGACAGUCGGCAUGCCUCAGGUUUUCACGUUUGAUCCAAUUGAUCUGUACGAGAAGAAGAAUAUACCAAAGGUUAUCUUCUGUAUUCACGUGCUGAGUCAUCUUCUCUCGCGCCAAGGCCUCGCCGAGCGGAUCGGUGAUCUCGUCGGUCAAUUCGAGUUCACAGAUGAGCAGCUCGCAAAAACUCAAAAAGGCAUACAAGGCGUCGCAAUGCCGAAUUUUGGAGACGCUCGCAAGACACUUGCGAAGGAGGCCAGCUGGGCACCGGAGGAGCCCGAAGAGACGGAAGAAGAGCGUCGAGAUCGCGAACUACUCGGAUGCGCACCAUCUAUUGUCAAACUUCAACAGCAUCUCCGAGGUCAACUGGCGAGAGCCCGCGCCAACCGGACAAAAUAUCACCUGGAUCUCGCCAUGCCGGUCAUUGUCCGAUUCCAAGCUCGAGCGCGCGGUGCAAUGUGCCGCUCACGUCUGAUAGCGCAGCGCGAGGCGGAGGAAGAUCUGUACGACUGGGCCUCAGAUUUGCAGUCGGCUGCCAGACGUCACCUUGCGGUAAUCCGCUUGACCAGGCAGUACCGUGACUUGAGCAGAGCUGCAACAUCGAUCAUUGGCAUACAAGCACAUGCUCGGGCAAAGCUCGCCCAUACUCGCCACAAACAGGCUCAGAAAACCUUAUACAGUUCGACUGAGGCCAUCACUGGUAUACAAUCAGCCUGCCGCCGUCAUCUUGCCUGCGCCGCGAGAAGCAGAGUCAGGACCUCCUGCUCCGAGGCGGCGACCCGCCAGUCAAUCGUUCAGCUGCAGGCAAUGUGUCGAGGACACCUAAUCCGGCAACGUGACGGGAGCUUGUUAGAUAUCCUCGAUGCCAUGGUCGGCAUCCACAUUGCUGUACAAAGUCAAAUCCGAGGGGCACUCGCUCGACGAAAGCAGAAGGCCAGGGAAGAAAAGCUGGACGAUGCUUCAGCGUAUAUCGUGGCCAUUCAGUCAACUGCUCGUGGCGUGCUCGCCCGUCGGAAGAAGCAAGCCUACGUCGAACACGUUCAGGAGGCUAUGCCUGUCCUGUCGUUGCUCCAAGCGGCGGCUCGCGCACGUCUGGCGAAGCAAUCACAUCAAAGCAUGCAGAAAGCACUCUCCAAGGUGGAAAUGGCUGGAAACAUCGGAGGCCUGCAAUCGUUCCUCCGCACCAGGUUGGCCAAAAAGCAGAAUACGGAGCAAAAGAAGAAGCUUGAGUUUGUUCAGCCCGAUGUCAUUGGCUUCCAAGCUUGUGCUCGUGGCUACCUAGCACGACAAGAAUACAACGAGUGGAGAGAGUAUUUGCAGGAUCCACACACGCAAGGCGCUCUGGUCUUUCUUCAAUCUCUUAUUCGUGGUUUCCUCGCUCGGCGAAGGCUCUGGAUCAGGACCUCGUACCUUCACACAAAUGUCGAUCAAGUGAUCAAGAUACAAUCGUUAUGGCGAGGUCGAGCGGAGCGGUUAAUGUACGAUCGACUUUUGACCGGACGAGGAGUUGACGUGCCCACCAUCCAAAAUUACAUGCACCUCCUCGACGAUCGAGACACAGACUAUCAACGCCAGAUUCACACGGAGAAUUUGCGGCGAGAGGUUGUUCGCUUGAUCCGAGAGAACCAGAUGCUCGAGACUGAGGUCAAGGAGCUGGACACGAAAAUCGCUCUGAUUCUCAAGAACAAGAUGACAUUCGAGGAGCUUGUACAUGCCAAAAGGAGUGCAAGAGGACCAGGAGAGCAGAGCGUGUCGCACGAAGGUUGGAAAGAUUCGACUACCCGAGAUCCAUUCACGACCCACGCGCACAUGGAUCGAUCUUCUCAACGGAAGCUAGAACUGUUCGAGUAUCUUUUCUUCUUGCUCCAAACCAGGGGAGAAUACAUCUCUAGGUUGUUGUACGACUUGAUGAGGAGAGAAGAUGCGGAGCAAGAACGGGUCUUGGUCGAAAGCGUGACGUUGGUCCUGUUCUCUUACGGGCAAGAAACGAGAGAAAUGUUCCUAUUUGCCAAAUUGUUACAGCUCGCUGUGCACGAAGAGAUCCUCCGAUCGACAUCUCUGGAGGAACUGGCAGAUGCACGUUUCGCCAUCACUUCGGUGGCCAUGCAAUAUACACGCGAAGCAAUAACGCCACUUUUACAAGGCGUCCUCGGCGAACAUGUGGCGAGGGUGAUGCAAGCUCAAGAUCUUGAUCUGUCAACAGACCCAGUCGAGAUCUACCAGCGACUCAUCAACGAGGAAGAAAGUCGAACUGGUAUGGGCUCAAUGAAGCCAAGGAAUCUUGAUGGGAAUCAAAUUCUGCAGACCGAUGAGUCAACCAGAGCUUUCUACAUCCAGCACCUGCAGGAGCUUCGACACUUGACAAAGCGCAUGCUUGAGACCGUAUAUCAAAGCACCGCACACCUACCAUACACUGUCAGACUGCUUGCUCGCGAGGCGCUUCUGGCGCUCAGGGUCAAAUUUCCCGACGUCAGCGAUGAGCUCCUCACGCCCAUUGUGGCCAGAGCCGUAGUGUUCCCUUUCAUCUUGCCUGCCAUCAUCGCUCCCGAAUCAUUCGGAAUCGUCGAACAUGGGAUUGGCGCUCAGGAGCGACGCAACCUCGCUGCAAUCGCCAACCUCAUCACCCAUGUCGCGGCGCAGGAUUUCACCUCUUCCAAAGAUCACUUUGUGCGGACCCCGCUGCAAGAGUUCAUCCGGUCAGAGGGCAUAUCCUUCAGAGACUGGGUCCUGGAUGUCGCCUCUGUCGAACCGCUGGAAAGCUUCUAUCAGGCGGAUGAUCUGCUCGAGUCGACUGUUGAGGCCAAACCAAUCAUGAUUACGAGAAACGAAAUCUAUGGCAUGCUCAGCACUCUGAUCAAGAACAUCGCUGCUUUCUAUGGUGGCAAACAGAACGACCCGCUCGUAGCCGUCCUUGGGGAGCUUGAGGGUCCCCCCAUCAAUUAUGAUCGAAGCGAGGCAGUGGUGUCUUUGAAUGUCAACAAUCGGCUUGCAGAGGUGCAGCCCGGUGGACCGGAAGAACAGGAGAAGGAAGACUGGGUACAGGCCAAGCGACACGUGCUCGCGGUCCUCCGGGUACAGACCGGCAAAACGCUCUUUGAGGUCUUAGUCAAUAGUCCUACCGAGGUUCACGAGACUGUCUGGCUAGAGCUUGUGUAUGCGGACAUGGCUCGGGAUGAAGGCAAGAGGGCUCGGAAAGAACUACCUAGCACGCCCGUUGAGGCGAGCUACCAGAUUGAGAGCAUUCGAUCGCUGCCGUUCCACGAAGUCAAGGUCCGCGCCAUUGAGUUCUGCAUGAAGCUCGAACGUGCUGGCCGUCUGACCCGGGAAAACGCGUUUGCCGACCUGUUGGAUUCCAUCGCCGGGGACAUCCGUCAGAAGCAUCAUUUGCGAAAGAUGCAGCGUCAGAAUGCUGUGGCCAUGGAACGAGCCCAUGAGGACAUGUGGAGGAAGCAUCAAGGGUUCGAAGAGCAGAUCAAGAGCUAUCAUCAGUUCAUCGACUCGUCCUUGGCCAGUCUGCAGAAGGGCAAGAAGAAACCUACGUUCUUGUCAAAGCAAUACUUCCACCAAAGGGCGGAAGCAAAGUCUGGCAAGCGAUCUCAAUUCGGCUCGUACAAGUAUACUGCGGCUGAUUUGUACGAACGAGGCAUCCUGCUCGGAAUCAAUCAGCUCUCACCUAACGUCUUUAACGAGGUCAAUAUCAUCAUCGCAUCGGACGAAGUGGGAGUCUUUGCGCUUGAACUGCAUUCCUCGACAGUGUCGAUACCCGUCAGCAGGGGUUCGACCCGCGAGGAAAUAAGAAUGGAGGAUCUGCUUCAAGCACAGUUCGAGAACGAGUUGAACUUGCUGCUCUUCGAUGGAGUGGCCACGUUCAGCAUCAACAUGCUGAUCCAUCAGAUCAACAAGAGUGAGUGUGGCUUAGCGAAGUGGUGGUUGAUCGAUUGCAGAGUUCUAUUCUUAAUUGGCGACCGGCACGACCGGAGAUCACAUGUGGGGUACUACGACUGCACACGAUUGUAA